AUGUCUAUAAACAACAUCCUCAACCGAGAACCCACACCUUCAGCCAGCCAACCCAUACUUAGUAACACGUACUGGCCCGUCCUCAGAGACGCUCUCCUACAAGAUCCAUCCUCCUACAACAACCUGCAUCUUGAAUGCGGAAUAUGUCUUGAAAACAUGACAGUAUUCCAGCAUGAACAUACUUACGAUCCAGAAAUGUCUCAUCUUUCGCAUAGAGCUCGUAUCUUUCCCUGUGGACACAUGUUUGGUAAUUGUGGCCAUGUCCACACUGGUAUGCCCAUGCCAACCACUGUCAAACAAAUCUGGAGGUUUCCGCCUACACUCUCAGAAGGAGGCGUGGUGGCAAAUAAAUGUGGCGAUUGCCAAGCCACAGAGAUUAUCAUGGGCAUCAACUAUCUAGCGCCCACGCUUCUUUUCCCGUUUGAACUUGCAGAGGGAGAUUCACUCUUUGUAUCAGUCAGAACGAAGAGCCAAGUGUGGGAUUUGAGGCCGACGGAGUUGGUAGAAGGGCAUGUUUCGCAUGACCUGCCGGUUAAAGGACCGCUGAAGAGGGUCUUUGAUGAGAUCAAAGCCAAACUGAAAGAUAGUGCUAUGAGAUCUUGGUAUUCUGCAGAUUUGAGGAGCUUUGAGAUCGCUAUAAGGUUAUGUUCUGAGGAACCUUGA